CUUAUCACGUGGCGUUUCAACACCCGGAAAACGGCAGUGAAUGUCAAAAAGGCUAGAAAAGAGUUUAAGUACGAAGUCGGUUACAAGUUUAUUUUGUGUUGUCACAAUAUUUUCUUACUUUUAUAGGUUUUAAUCACACCGGCUGUCCAGCAGAGGUUUUCUCUAAGAUGUUGCGAGCUUUGAAAGGCGUCAGACAGCUGCACUCCAGUACAAUGAAACAAGCAGUUUCAGAGCUCUCGGUACCGGUCCCAUGGGGAGAGAUCAGAGGUCGAGUCUGGGGUCCUGAUCACGGUCGUCCUGUGCUGUGCCUGCACGGCUGGGCUGACAACUGUGGUACAUUCAACACCCUUAUUCCACUUCUGCCCAAAGAGUGCAGAUAUGUGGCGGUGGACCUGGCAGGUCACGGUCAGUCAUCACAUCGUCAUCCUGGUGUUUUCUACUCUUUUCCUUCGUAUGUGAUGGAUGUACGCAGAGUCAUUGAUGCUCUGCAGUGGAAUAAAUUCUCCAUCAUAGGCCACAGCAUGGGUGGUAACAUUGCUGGAAUGUUCAGUGCACUGUAUCCUGAGAUGGUGGACGCUGUCAUACUGCUGGACUCUUAUGGAUUCCUGCCUACAGAUCUGAAAGAAAUGCCUAAAGUGAUGAGGCAGGGGAUGGAUGAGAUGCUUCAGUUUGAGAAGAAGACAGAAGAGAAGAAAAGAGUUUACACUUAUGAGAAGGCAGUUGAGAGGCUGUUGGCUGCAAACCCGACUCUGUCUGAACAGUCCGUGCACAUCCUUUUAGAGCGAGGUCUAGUUCAAGCUGAAGGAGGAGUGGUGUUCUCCCGAGACUUUCGUAUUAAUCUGAAAAACAUAGUGCGCAUCAGUUUGGAGCAGAGUCUGGAGUUGCAGUCCAGGAUACGAGCCUCUGUUCUUGUUGUUCUAGCAGACAGUGGCUUUGAGAAAAUAUUUGCUGAACCAGAUCAAAAGAAAUUUACAUCAGCACUUCUCCGGGCCUAUAGGGACAGAAAUCACACGGUGGUGACAGUACCAGGCAGUCAUCACGUCCAUCUGAACCAUCCUGAAGUCGUCGCUCCACAUGUGUCUGACUUCCUGCAGACCCAAGUGUUGACACAGUCAGCCAGACUAACAGACAAACAGACCUCUAAGUUAUAGCAAACACAAAAACGCAUCAAGUUGUGCCUUAAGUCAUAUUACACUGCUGAUUUUAACAACUUAAAAUGCGUUAAAGUUGUGAGUUCUUGUGUUCAUACUGUACUGUUUACACUAACCUUGGUGCUUAAACACAGUCAGUCAGUCAGCUGUCUUAGCAUCAACGAACUGCCUCGUGUUACCUAUGGUGGACUCCUCAAUUACUUAAAGUAGUUUAAUAGAUAUUAAUGUUUAUUGUUGUUGAGUGACAGUGGCAUUGCGAGCAAUAUAAGCCAUGUUUCACACCAAGCUGCAUUUCUGUAACUCCAGAUAGUCUGUAAAAUAGUGAAGGGGGAGUGUUGGGUGAGAUGGAGAGACCGUUUCAGCAAAAGACAGCCAAAUUGUGGUUUUGGCACAGUUUGUAUCUUUUGCUUUUUGAUCCAGUGAAUAGGUAUCGUUUACAACCAGGUUUACUCAAUUCAGUGAAUUUGUAUCAAGUCCGUAUUAGUCAGAUGUUCUCCUUUUGUGCUGACAGAGGUCAACACCAGGCUUUCAUGCAGUAUUGUAUGUAUUUAAACAGAAACAACGCUCCUGUAACACAUCAAUUUAAUUAUCACAGUGACCAUUUGAAACCAUGAAGAGUUGAACACUUGAAAACAUGUUUGGCCGAUGAUGGCAUGGUACAGUAAGAGACGUUAGCUUAAAAGAGUACUCCAGUGAUUUACCAUUGUACCUCUAUAACACAGAGAACCAGAGAUAUCGUAUUUUUUAUUACACGCAUUCUUCUUCCUUGUCAAAACCUGGCGCCUGCAUUACCCACAAUGCAACUCAACUGCCGACAGUUCGUUCAGAGAUUCAGCUAUGCUAGUGUGUUAUGCUAGUAGCAGCUAGUGUAGCUUCGAGCUGCUAGCCUCUAGCAGAGUUGAGGAGCGGGCUACAGAGGUUUGGUAAGCUCACUUCUUUCUCCACACCCUCAGAUUUGUUUUCAUUUCAAAUUUGUAGCUGACUCAAGUGACAUCACUUGAGGUAAUUUAUUAGAUUUCACGCAGCUCCCUCCGGAGCCACGAAAGGCUUUAUUCAACUUAUUUCACAUAUGCAGUAGUACUCCACUAGACCUGUAAACAGACUUUGAUGUGGAUUGGUGGAGUUCCGCUUUAAAUGUAACAAGACUAAAACUCGAGCAGUCUCAUAAGGCUGCAAUGUUCAUUAUACACCAGAAAACAAAAUUGGUGAAAGGAUGAAAAAGCAUGAAAACGUUUCUAUUCUUACCACUAGUGGGGAAAAACUGUAAAAUAUGGCUUACAGCGCCAGAGUAGAGGCCAUGUUGUUACCCAAAUGAAAAGGCAUUAUCCUACAGUAGCAAUUUUAAGACUCUUUAGUCAGCUUUACUUUUUAUGACUCGGCUCAGUUUUCAUCAAUCAAAGCUGUACUUUGUCAGCCUGAGCUGUAUAGUCUCAGCUGUGCUUGAAGUUGAAUGCUAACAUUGGCGUGCUAACUUUUAUGCAUUUACAGCAGGUUUUUGUUGAUAGCCAUAGUCAUAUAUUUUAGCAUUGUGGUCAUAGUGGUGGUGCUGUACUGGACUGCAUUACAUUCAGAGAUGUUCCUAAUAUUUGUGCCCCCCUCAUGUAUGUAAAUAGAGAGGACAAAGAACUAGAAACACCUCUCAAUAUAAGGUAGUCGAGUACAACACCACCUUUUAACUAUGACCUCAAUAAUAAACAUAUAAUUGAAUUUACACAUGUUUGACAAUGUCAAAAAAAGAGACCGUGCUUUGUAAUGAUAGAUCCUAUGGCUGAGCUGUUGUAUUGGACUGCAUUAAAUUAUACAGGUGUACCUAAUAAAAUGGCCACUGAAAGUACCACAUUUCAUGGUAUUCGAGCCACACUCUUGGCUAAAAAUUCAGGUUGAAUGUUUUAUUCUGCCAGACUGACAAACACACAUAGUUUCUAAGCGUGAUGGUGAACAUCUGGAAACCAAAAACUGUGAAUUGCUGGACUGCUGAAGUCCAGUCUACAUCAUGACAGCCUGCUCCUGUAUGGUUCUUCUUAGUUGUCUGGGAUUGUCAGGUGUUCUUCAGGCUGCUGAGCUCUUUUCUUGGCUCGGUGCCUUCCUGCUGCCCUACAGGUGUAUUCGCAGGCAGUAGUUAUUUCACCUUGUACCUGCUGUCUUUGAGGAAUGUUUGAAAUGCACUGUGGUACGUCAGGUCUCUUAGAUGUCUGCUGCCUUUUGUUAAUAUUUUAGUAGUUGCACAGUUCCUCUGAAGUGUGUGUCCUCUUCACACAAUAUCUUGUUUACAGCAUGUUUUCAGUAAUGCAGCAUUUAAACUGAACAUGUUAAGAAUGGCUUUUAUUUUGGAGGAUUAUCUGUUGGAAAUCUAUGAAGCUACAAUUCCUUAAAUCUUUAGCAAUAAUUUAAUCUUUGAUCAUGUUACUGUUGACCAUCAUCAGUGGCGGACUCAGGCUGUCUGAGGGGCGGGGUGAAAAAAAUAAAAAUAAAAAAUCUAUCUAUCUAUCUAUCUAUCUAUCUAUCUAUCUAUUUGCAAUUGCAGUGGAGUAAAAAGUAUAAAGUAGCAUAAAACAGAAAUACUCCAUAAAAGUACAAGUACCUCAAAAUUGUACUUAAGUACAGUACUUGAGUAAAUGUACUUACAUUCCAACACUGCAAAGAGGCAAGGCAUGAGUUUUAGUUAUUAAAUGCAAACGUUCUUUGUUAAAGCCUAAUCGGUGAUUGGUUUCCCAGCACCUUUACCACCCCAUUGUCACAUCAUGCAUCUGCGUCGACUUAAGAUCAGCCAAUGAGGUCAACGGAGCAAAAUAAUCCGGGUGGACAAUAAAUCACAUUACAGGUUUGUGGGUCUCUUUUUAACUAAAAACCUUAAAGGGAUUGUCAAACAACACAUUAUCAGGUGGUUUCUUUGUUUGUAGAUAAAUGAACAACAUUUUAUCCAAGACAACUCUGAAGUUUUUUUAUAUGAUAUAUUGUUUAUAUAGUUCAUGCCUGUGUUGUAUUUGUUGUGUCUCUCUACAUGAAUGUGACUGAGUAGACACUUGUGUUUUUGCAGAAAUCUGCAUGGGGGUGAAUAAAAUUACAGACUGGCAUACAUACUAA